AUGCAGUUCCUUCGAGGGCAGUGUUCGCAAGGUAUGAAGGGGGUCGCAGAGGAGGGGAAAGUGGCACGUGGCGGGGUUGUUCACCCUGCGCGAUCGGGGUCACAGUCGCCCGCGUACCGCAACCCGCCUCCCCCCCCUCGCGUAGCCGCAACUACUCGGCUAGCCCUUGAUAAGGAAACUCCAUUGACACCAUCAACCGGGUCGACGGAUAAGGCGCUCCUUGCAAUAUAUAGGACGACUGCUUCGAUAAAGAUACCUACGUAA